GGCAAAUGCGGCGAAGGCACUGAAGAAGCCACACCGCCGCCGCUGUAGCCUGUAGGCUGUCGCCACGACCCACGCCCGCGCGCGCGCUGCUGCCGUGCUGCGGUCUGCUGCCACUGCCACGCACCUGACCUGUCAGCAGCCUCCGGAGGAGGCCCGGCCCGGGGCAGUGCGGCGGCAUGGCUGGUGGUGGUGGAGGGCCGGGGCCGGGGCGGGUGAAGGCGGGGAGCCGCCCGCCGUGGGUCGGGCUGGCGGCGGCGGUGUGGGUGCAGGUGGCUGCGGGGAGCGCCUACGUGUUCCCGCUCUACUCGCACGCCGUCAAGGAGGCGCUCGGCUACAACCAGCAGGCGCUCACCAUGCUCGGCGUCGGCAACGACGUCGGCGAGAACGUGGGGCUCGUCCCGGGGUUGCUCGCCAACCGCCUCCCGCCCUGGCUCAUCCUCGUCAUCGGCUCUGCGUGCGCCUUCUUCGGCUUCGGCACGCUCUGGCUCGCCGUGACCAAGACCGUCGCCAUGCCUUAUUGGGUGUUGUGGAUAGCUUUAUGUAUUGGCACGAACAGCAGUGCAUGGUUGGGCACUGCUGCUCUUGUUACCAACAUGAGGAAUUUCCCUCUCAGCCGAGGCACUGUUGCUGGUCUCAUCAAGGGUUAUGUUGCUGUUAGUGCUGCUGUCUACACUGAAACGUUUAAUGGAAUGCUAGGCAAUUCACCCACAAAUCUUUUGAUGUUGCUUGCCUUGGGGAUCCCAACAGCAUGUAUUGUGGUGAUGUAUUUUGUUAGGCCUUGCACUCCAUCACUGGAUGAGGACAACUCAACAGAACACAGCCAUUUCAUGUACACACAAAUCUCAAGUGUGGUUCUCGGAAUAUACCUUAUGGUUGCUACAAUACUUGGUGAUACUUUAAAACUAAGUCAGGCUGUCACCUAUCUAUUGUUUGGCAUAAUGAUACUUUUGCUCCUUGCUCCACUUGCAAUACCAAUAAAGAUGACACUUUAUCCAAACAAACAAACAAAGGAAAAGGCCAGCACCCUUGCUCCAUCUUAUUCAACUGAUAGUCUGUCUGGUGCGGAUCCAGAGAACUCACAACCACUUUUGGGCAGUGCCUCAACAACACUUGCUACAGGUACCAAUGAAUCUGAUGACAGUACUGAUUUGGAUCUUCUAUUGGCUGAGGGUGAGGGAGCAGUGAAUUUGAAGAAGAAAAGGGGGCCAAGAAGGGGGGAUGAUUUCACAUUCCUUGAAGCCCUAGUAAAGGCGGACUUCUGGCUACUGUUUGUUGUUUACUUUUGUGGAGUUGGCACAGGGGUCACUGUUCUCAAUAACCUGGCGCAGAUUGGAAUGUCUGUUGGUGCUAAUGACACAACUAUUUUGUUGUGCCUCUUUGGCUUCUGCAACUUUGCUGGUCGUAUCCUUGGUGGAUCUGUCUCUGAAUAUUUCGUAAGGUCAAGGAUGCUCCCUCGUCCUUUCUGGAUGAUGUGCACACAAAUAAUCAUGGUGGUAACGUUCCUGCUCUUCGCGACUGGUCUUCAUAGCUUGAUUUAUGUUUCAACUACUCUCCUGGGGAUAUGCUACGGGGUCCAAUUUGCUGUCAUGAUACCAACGGUCUCGGAGCUUUUUGGGCUAAGGGACUUCGGGCUAAUGUACAACUUCAUGCUGUUAGUGAAUCCACUCGGUGCAUUCUUUUUCUCAGCUCUUCUUGCUGGCUACAUCUAUGACAAGGAGGCAGCAAGGCAGCACCCAGGUGUACUGGAGCCUUCCGACUGCUAUGGGCCUGACUGUUUCAGAUUGACUUUCUAUGUCUGCGCCGUCGUGUGUUGCUGCGGUACCCUGUUGGGCGUGUUCUUCAUAUCGAGGAUAAAGCCGGUCUACCAGAUGCUCUACGCAAGUGGAUCGUUCAGACAUCCUCGGAGCCAACAGCAGCUCCACUGAUGUUGCAUAUACACUACAGUCAUAUGCUAAGAAAUAGUCCUAUUGAGUUUUGGGAAUGAAAUCAUAAUGUUCUGGAGUAAAUCAUCUGCUGGAUGCCAUGUUCCGGUGCUGUAUCGCAUUAACGGUGCUUGAUUUGCCCCUGUUUGUAUCAGAGUUUUAUUCUGAUUUCAUUUGUCCCUGCUCUGUAAGGUCGCCAGCCUAGUAGAUAUAAUAUAGCGGGUCAUCAAUAUAUACUGGUAAACCAGCUGCCUAUUUAUAUGGCAGCUCGUGUGCAUCAGCAAGUUUGAGGACGUCAUAAAGCGAAUGUAUCUUCUUUA